AGAGUGGGAAUAUGAACGAAUCAGAAAGAGAGAAAGAAGGACAGUGCAAUACGCCAAAUGAUUCCCUUAAUUCGUUCGCGUUCAAAGCAACUACGGUAUGGAAUUAAAUAAGGGGGUCACGAAGAAUUAGUCAUCGUCUUUUUAAUCAAACUGAAAUAGCUCUGACUUGUUAAACAGCUUGUUAAACAUUUAAAAGAAUCGAUAUCAUCUGCUAAUUUUGUACGGGUGUUCGAUCGUACAAGAAUGAGAAAGAAAUAGAGAUAGAAAAAAGAAAGAGAGAGAGGGAGAAAGAAAGAAAAAGAGAGAAAGAAUUUAUUAAAGGCCAAUAUAUUGGGUGGAGGGAGUAAGGUAAAGUUGGAAAGGCUGCAAGUCCGCCAUCUUAAAAGUAGCACAUUGCUCGAAACGAAUCGACCGGAGCGCGAAUCGUGUGCCUGUUCCCAAGCUCACUUCAGUCUACCGUUGCGAAUUGACGAGGUUCGAUCUUCUGAUAGUAAAACGGAAGUACUACAAAGCAUUCCUAUUCGUAAAUUUAUUCAACAAAGUUAUGCAUUCGAGUGAAAUCAUACAAAAACAACAACAAUAACAACAACAAUUAUUGUGCGAGUCGGAAAAAUAAAAGAGAAUCGUCGUCUGAUCGACGAUAUUUUUUUUUUAUUGUAAAAAAAAUAUCUGACAAAGUAGCCUCGAUGCAGUCUUAUCCAAGAAGAGAAGCAAAACGAAAAAUAAUAAAGUGAGCUCCCGGAAAGGGGAGACUUUUUCUUUUCCGUUUCUUAAUUUGCAAGAUAUUGGGAUAAAAAGAAGGUGUACGCAGAACUCGUUAGAACUGAAGAUUCCAAAGAUAACGACGGGGAGGAGAAAGAGGAAGACGGUAGUGAUAACAACGACGCCAACGACGACGACGACAAGGAGAAGGAAGAGGAAAACACGAAAAUUCGUUCACUUCAACGACGAGGAUACAUUUGAAGAAGAAAGCUACAUUAAAGUUUCGUUACAUUUCAUUAUGAGAAACAUGCUAGGAACAAACUUUUGUACCGCGUUCUCUGUACUUAGAAGUCCCGAAGAGGGUGAAUCGUUAAAGCGAAUCGUUUGAAAAAAAUAUUUGAAAAGAGAAAGAAACUUUAGAGAAAAGAUUUAAUAUAUCCUUAAAAUUAAUUUCAUAUAUCUAUUAUUCAAACACACACACAUAUAUAUAUAUAUAAUUUUGAUUGUGUUUCGUGUUGUGUAUCGUUCGCGCCAUUCGACGUUUGCCGGAAGGGAAGAUAAUAAUAAAAAAAGACGAUUAACAUUAAACGAUAUAUCGUUCGUUAAAAGAUUCGAACGAAUCGCGUUUCGAGAGAAAACGAAAGAAAAGGAAUUCGUUUGGUCGUUGACGUAAUCUCUUGUCUAUAUAUAGAAUUCUCUUGUGUAUUUCGUAGACUUUCAUGAACGUCUCCCGAGAAGGCCAGACGUCGUCUAUUCGCGAACGUAUGUGAGUGUAACGAUUGAUCGAUUAUUAAUUGAAAUAAUAAUAUUAAAUAAUAGAACAUAUUUAACGAUCGGUAAGUGUUUGUGUUUGUGAUAAAUUACAGUCAAGUGAAAAAGAAAUAGGAAGAAGACAACUCGAACGAUAUAUAUAUACGAAGAAUUUUGUUCUAUUCCGAUAUUGGAUCAUUUGAAAAGAAACCUAGUUAUUAUCGUAGGUCGAUAAAACAGGAAUCUUUUGUAUUAAAAUCUGCCGAUCGAGAUAUCCCGACGGCACUAAAGAUAUUCUUAUAACCCGUAAUGUAUUUGAGAUCGCACAAGGGCGCAGCAAAAGGGUGGUACGAGCAAAAAAGAGAGACGGUAGGAGGUGGAGGAGGAAUCUUGACCAGGAGUCGAAGGAACAACAAUAACAGCAACGACGCCAUCGUCGUCGUCAUUGGUGGUGGUGGUGGUUGCGGAUCGAUCAAAGACAGGAGGAGACGAGAUAGGCCGAAUCAAAAGGAUCUUUGUCAGGGUUCCUGCUGUUGUUAUUCGGAUCUCGAGCUAGCUAAGCUUAUUCUAUUUCGGCCAAGGUUACUCGAAGGAAGUAACACUUAUAAGAGGAACAAAGUUUCGAGGCUGGUGUGCCUUGAGCGCGGUAUGAGCGAGGGUGAACGCUCGGUAAUAACGCCGCGAAUCGGCUGGCGAAAGCUCACCGAUCCCGGAGACUGACACGAAUUCAGGAAUUUGCCAGUAGAUCCGAAGCGAUAGCAUCGGCUACGGCUUGCUGCUCCUCGGCUUCUAUAUUCUCCUGCCGUUCUCUCAGCUAAAAGCUCCGAUAGUACGCAUUCCUUACUCUUUCCUAAGAUCAAUGUCCCCCCAAUGGUAGAAAACGGUUCACCUAGAAGAGCCUCGAGAACCUCCAAGAGAGAUCCCAAAAUGGCGGGUAAUCGGUGUCGGUAGCAGACGGGGUAUCAUUUAACCCGCUACCGAAGAAGGAACGAGAAAAAGGAAAAGAUAGAAGAGGAUUUUUGCGUCCUAAUCGCCACCGAGCCAUCGCCUCGCAAUUUUCCUCUUGUAGUCCUUUCGUCAACUAUCUCCAGUGUCCUUGGUUCUCCUUAAAAAUAAAUUGAACUUACAGUAAAGAGAACCUGACUAAACUGAUAGUAGAAAGAAUCGUAAGAAAGAGAAAGAAAGGCACGAGGGGGAAAUCGCGAUUAGAUUUGUACCAUCGACUCUGCUCUCCCUUCUCUGAUCCACAACACCUCUCCUCGAUUCAACAAAACCCUCUCCUUCCUUACUACACCUUCAAUGGACAAUAAUAAUCCAUAAGAAGUAAAUAUUAGUGGUAUAAUAUGUAUUAGUGAUAGUAGUAGUAGUUAAUCGGAAAGAAGGACAAGAAUAUAAAUAAUCGAAAAGAAGAAAAGACGCUGUCGUGAAGACGCGAAGAAAUCUUUGCAAGAAUCACGAUUGCCCUCUGCUCGAUUUGCUUUCUUGGGAAGAGAGAGAGAGAGAUAGGGAUAAUAAAAAAUAUAAGAAAAAGUUUUAUUUUUUUGUCCCACGUGAUCGAUCGAUUGGCUGAUCGUCAGCAUCGUUAUCAUUAUGCCGCCGACACCUAACAAAUUGAAUCUGAGCUUCGCCAGAAACGCUUACAGCGUUUUCGGAACUCGUGCUACCGACACGACCACAGAACAACAACGCGAACAAAAAACGGAACUACUCGAGGGUAAGAAUGGUACAAGAGGCAAUGGCCUCCUUCAUCUAAAAAAUGGCGUGGAUUACAUUAAUCCUGGCGAAGAAGAUCAGAUGGAAAUUUAUGGUUACAAGAGAAAUCAUACUCAGACUGUAAUCACCUGGUUCUUCAUCUUCCUUACCUGCGGUCUUUUACGAUUGAUUUUCCAUUGGGUACCACGUCUUAUGUUGCAAGCUACUCAUUCCAAAUGUCCGUUGGAUGAGGCUGAUACUGUUCUAUUGGUAGAAAAGUUUCAAGAAAAGCAUACUAUUUAUUAUGUGAAAAAAUUAAAGACCUUAACAGUUCGCGAUGUUAUGAAUAAACCAUUCGAUGGAGAAUCAUUAAUGGAUAAUGAGCCGUGGAUGGAUAACGGAAGUAUGAUAACUAUCAAAACAGAAAAGGAAGAAAUUCCAACGUUGUCUAUGCAUUUAGUUGGCGGACAUUUUAAACAGGUCCAAUCAAUCGUCAUUUUUAAUUGCAAAAAGUUAACAUACGUGUGGGAUACAGAAAGAUCUGAAUUCUUAAAGUUACGUGGACUUGACAUUGGUGUCGUAAGUUCGUCUCUACACCAAAUGCAAGGUUUAAGUGCUCAAGAACAAUACAUGAGGCGUUGUGUUUAUGGAAACAAUGAAAUAGUUAUUCCAGUUAAAAGCAUAAUAACAUUAUUAUGCCUCGAAGUACUCAAUCCAUUUUACGUCUUCCAAUUAUUCAGCUUCUGCUUGUGGGUAGCGGACGAUUAUUAUUUUUACGCAAUGGUUAUUUUAUUAAUGUCAAGCAUCGGUAUCAUAAUGGCGGUUAACCAAUCUCGUCGAAAUCAAGAUAAUUUACGAUCUUCGGUACACGCGGUUUCCUCUGAAUUGGCAACCGUUAUAAGAGAUCGUUCGACUGGACAAACUGCAAGUAUACCAGCGGAACGUUUAGUUCCUGGAGAUAUUUUAGUUAUUCCACCUCAUGGUUGUACGAUGACCUGCGACGCUGUCCUUUUAACCGGAAAUUGUAUUUUAAAUGAGUCAAUGUUAACCGGAGAAUCCGUUCCAGUAACAAAAACACCCAUUCCUUCUUCCAACGAAAUUGUCUACGAUACAAAAGAACACGCUAGACAUACUCUUUAUUGUGGUACGAAGAUUAUUCAGACGAGAUAUUUUGGAUCUGAAAAGGUACUCGCAGUUGUCAUCAGGACAGGCUUUAGCACUAGCAAAGGAGGAUUGGUACGAUCGAUCAUGUAUCCACCACCUGUUGAUUUCAAAUUCGAACAAGAUUCUUAUAAAUUCGUUAUAUUAUUAGCCGGGAUAGCAAGCAUCGGUGUAAUCUAUACGGUAGUAACGAAAGUUAUGCGAGGUGUUCUGCUAAAACACAUUGUUUUGGAAGCUUUAGAUCUGAUAACUAUCGUAGUACCACCUGCUUUACCAGCAGCCAUGACGGUUGGUCGAUUUGUUGCUCAAAAAAGAUUAGAAACGAACAAGAUAUAUUGUACAAGUCCAAGAACCAUAAACGUUUCCGGUUCGAUCGAUUGCAUUUGUUUCGACAAAACUGGAACUUUAACUGAAGAUGGUCUCGAUAUGUGGGGUGUUGUACCAGCUUCGGAAACAAAAUUCCAAUUUCCUAUAAAGGAAAUAACUACUUUACCAUUAAGCGAUUUGCUAAUAGGAAUGGUUACGUGUCAUGGAAUCACUAUAAUUGAUAAUCAGUUGGUAGGCGAUCCACUUGAUUUAAAAAUGUUCGAAUCCACUGGUUGGACUCUGGAAGAACCUGACGUUUCGGAUACUUCCAAAUUUUCUAUGCUCUUCCCUACGAUAGUUCGACCUCCUAGAGGUUCCAAAAUUUUGAAGAAAGGAACAAACGACAUAUCGAUCGAUAUGAGCCGACAGAAUUCCAUGACUUCUGACGUAGUAGAUAGCAUCUCUUUAAGUAACUUAGACCCUGCUUUGACUGGUGGUUCAACAGCUGAUCUAGGGGAACAAGGUGUAGAAGUUGGUAUCGUUCGGCAAUUUCCUUUCACAUCUAGUCUUCAAAGGAUGAGCGUUAUCACCAGAACAUUAGGAGCUAAUCACUUUGAUCUUUAUUGCAAAGGAAGUCCUGAAAUGAUUCUCAGUUUAUCCAAACCAGAAUCCAUUCCGCCCGAUUUUGCGAACGUUCUUCAAGAAUAUACAGCAGAAGGUUAUCGCGUAAUAGCCAUAGCGCAUAAAUCAUUAAACCGUCUUCCUUAUGCAAAAGUACAACGAAUGAGUCGUGAAUCUGCCGAAAUCGACUUAAAUUUCUUGGCAUUCGUUGUAAUGGAAAAUCGUUUGAAGCCGGAAACUAAUCCCGUGAUCACAGCUUUAAAUGCUGCUUGCCUCAAGACUGUCAUGGUGACAGGAGAUAACAUGUUAACAGCAUUAUCAGUAGCCAGAGAUUGUGACAUUGUUAAACAAGGAGCAACCGUCAUCGUAGUAGCAGCAAUUACGCAACAGAAUCAAACCAAACCACAGAUUUAUUUCACUAAAAGUAAUAGUCAAGCUUCGCCAAUCUCACCUGCAGGUCAAGGCGAUUUUAGUGAAAUGACGGAUUACAAUAGCGUGGUGAGUCUGGAUACUGUGGAAAGUGGGUCCUUUGGAAAUAAUGUUUUAGAAAAUGAUGUUAAUUAUCUAUCGGAUAAUUUACAACGCUCGCGAAAUAAUUAUGUUUUUGCUCUGACUGGGAAAACGUGGGCAUUGGUGAAACAAUACUAUCCUGAACUGAUUCCCAAAUUGGCUACGAGAGGUGUUGUUUUUGCUAGAAUGUCACCGGAUCAGAAACAGCAACUGGUUCAAGAAUUACAAGCUCUUGGAUAUUACGUUGCAAUGGUGGGCGAUGGUGCAAACGAUUGCGGAGCAUUGAAAGCAGCUCACACUGGAAUUUCUUUGUCAGAUACCGAAUCAUCCGUAGCGUCGCCAUUUACUAGUCGCGAAACUAAUAUUUCUGCUAUCCUUGCGGUAAUUCGAGAAGGCCGUGCCGCUUUGGUAACAUCUUUCGGCAAUUUCAAAUACAUGGCCGCUUAUUCGCUUACACAAUUCAUCUCCGUGAUGAUUCUUUAUAGUAUCGAAUCUAAUUUAACCGACAUUGAAUUUCUUUACAUCGAUCUGUUCAUCAUUUCGAUAUUUGCUGUCUUCUUUAGCCGAACAGAAGCCUAUGAUGGUCAAUUGGUAAAAACAGCUCCUUUGAAUAGUCUCAUCAGUGUAACACCGAUUCUUAGUUUGCUAACACAAAUCUUGAUCGUAGCCAUUUUCCAAUAUACAAGUUUUUGGCAUCUACAACAAAUGGAGUGGUACGAACCUUUUAAUUUUACGAGUCAAUCGGCCGAAGAUAAAGACAACGUUAAAUGUUUAGAAAAUUACACCAUAUUUACUAUCAGUUCGAUGCAGUACAUCAUUCUAGCCGUAGUUUUUUCGAAAGGACCUCCAUACAGAAAAUCAAUCUUCACUAAUUACGGUCUUUUGGCUUCUUUCGUUUUAUUAUCUCUCUUUUCUGUCUAUCUCGCUCUGUUUCCGUUUCAAUGGUUAGCUAAUGCAUUCGAGCUCGAACUUCCCAAUGACAGGAGCUUCCGUUUUAUUCUGGUAGGUUACGGAGUCGCCAAUUUUAUAAUCUCAUUGAUGGUGGAAUACUUAUUCGUUGAUUAUUUGGUAUUCACUAAAUUACGUUUUCUUUGGCACAAUAUCGACAAAUCUAGACGAAAAUUCUUAGCGAUUGAUCGCGAUUUAGCGAGAGAUUUGAAAUGGCCACCUAUAUCGCAAGAACCGUUACCAGAAGCAGCACCUGACAUUCUUAUUCGUCAAAACGUAACCGAGAUCAAAAUUGAAAAACGAGCACCCGAACCUUGCCGACAAGCCGACACGAAUUUUAUGAACAGUCCGAUCUGUAAUAACAUUAAACCUUUUGGAUCUGCCAGAGAAGUUACUUUGAAUCCUAGAUCUCUCUUCAACGAUCGUAGGAAUACCGUGUCGAUGCAAACCGUACCUUGCUUCGAGGGAAAGGAAUCAACCAAGCAAUCGAAAAUAGAACUAAUUACCAAGAGAAGACAUAAUUCUGAAUCAGAAAAUGGUAUAAAUCAAUACGACAAGUCAUUUAAAACUCACAACACUAAUCCUAUCGCAACUUUACCGAGAAAUCCUACGACGACUUUGCAACCGCAAAGAUUAAGAGAUUUCAAAGAAAUUCUUGUUCAUAAGAGCGAGGACGGUUUGGCACCCAGUACACACAGUGUCCUUGAACUCGAUAUUUUACCAUCCUGAGAAUUAGCUCGUUCGAACGAUCGAUUAUCAGCGAUUGAUGAAACAAAUCAGAAACAUUUUCUAUCUGGAUCAGUCGAUGAUAAUUACUGUUAUUACAUAUUAUGGAAAUAUUUUAUCUGCGAUGGAAAUCAAUUAAUUUUAUUUGUCCUACCUUUCAAGAUAUCCUUAGUCUUUCUAGGAUCACAUAUUAGCUGACGAAUUUUUAUUAUUGCGAGAUUACCAAAAUGAUCUCGCACCGUAGUGUUGUUUUCUCCUCUCGAUCGUUAUUUUUAACAUGUCGAACGCUUUCGUUCGAAGUAUUAUUCAUAAAUGGACAAAAAGGUGGUGCUUUCUUGUUUACGCAUUCGGCAGAACGUACUUCAAUGUCCUUACAUAAGAAACUUCUUCUUGCGUGUGUUCACUAUAACUUUAUAAUUUUUAAUUAUAUUUAUAUAUUAUAUAUAAUUUAUAUAUAUAUAUAAAUACAUAUGUUUAGAUAGGAGUAUUGUCAAAUGAUACAACCCCCAUAUACGGGGUAAUCAAUCAUGCAUGCGAACCUUUUCAUGAAUAUUUGCAUGAAUAUUUUCGAUUUUAAAAUAAUCGGAAUUUUAAUUUCUAAUACUGUUUUUCUUUUUUUACUUAAUUUGUGUAAUUACUUUAAUUCCUGAAUCUAAUUUGUUUGUAAAGAUCGAGAUGCAUUGAUUAAUGAUAGAUAGGAACAAUUUCUUAGCAUUCUUCAUAAAUAUUUCAUGCGUUUUUCUACGCUGUGUAUGUGUGUGUGUGUGGCAUUAUAUAUAGGAUUUUAAAGUAAAAGGCAUUUAGGAAAAAAGUACAGUUUUCGCAACAACUUGUAAACGAUGAUAAAUCAUAUUUUGAAGAACUCAUUAUAUAGUUUAUUUGUUUAAGAAAGAAAAAAAGAAGUAACUUAAGUUAAAUUGGUUUCGAUAUUGAGCGAAAAAAAGAGGGUUCCUUUUGACCCGACUUCUCUCUCUCUCUCUCUCUCUCUCUCUCUCUCUUUCUCUCUCUUCGCGUCCUCCUUUUCCUAACUACUAGUAUUAAAACCGUAGCCAUUUCAAGAGAAAGUAUUAAUAUCGUUAUUUAUUUAAAAAAAUAACAAAAAAAGAAAAAGAAAGAAAUUUCGGCUCAUCGACGAAGCGCGACAAAAUAAACUGACGAAUUAAAGUUUUCGUUUCGUACGUAAAAAAUUGUUAUAGUAUGAUUAGAAAUCUUUCUUCUAAUUUUUAGUCACGAACUUGGGGAUGAGUGUAAUCUUCUAUGUGUAAUCUAAAAUUAGACACACAAAUUGAUUUCAUAUGUAAUUACUAGCUAGACUUGAAUUUAGGAUAGAAUACCAGUUAUCAAUACCUCAUGAUUUGAAUGAUACAGAUUUUAUCAACAAUUAUGCAUUUAUUCAACGCGUUAAGAUUUUAUCCAUCCAUUUUAAUGAACUUAACAACGUUGAUAAAAAUAAUUAUGAAUAUCACAAAAUUUAUAACUGGUAUUGUUUAUCCUUAACGUAUUAUAAUAGGUGAUAUAAUGAUAAAACAUGAUGAAUCUUGUGCUUAAAAGAAAAAGAAAAAGAAAAAUAAACAACGGAAUUGACAAGCACAUAAAAAAUAAUAUUUCGCGCGUUGUCGCAAUGCACUUAACAUUACGCAAUAAGAUAAUAAAUAUGUGUACUUAUUCUAUGAAUGCAUAUAGAGAUACUUAAAAAUAAAAUGCGUUAAAUUAUUUGCGACGCUAUAGCUUGUGUUGAAAAAAUAAUGAAUGUCAAAAAUAAGGAAUGAUAUGUUUUUAACGUA